AUGACACACUACACCGGCAAGAAAACUGCGGACAGCCCAGCCACGGACAACCCAGCCACGGGGGCCCCCAGCCCCUGGGCCGACAUGCGGAGGUCCCCGAGUGGCAUUGAACGCCUCUCUAAAGCUGUUUUGCAGGAAGAAGCCCAGGACGGGGUGGAGCGGCCCCUGCAGGCUUCCCAGACGGCCACUCUUCGUGAGCUGACGGCCUCGUCUUCCUCCCUCCGAGUAGCUGGUGGUCUGGAACCUCCGACCCUGGGGCUCUCAGCCGCGUGGAAGAUCCCGAGGGUCCUCUGUGAGACACGCAGUGGCCGCGUGGCUGCCGUGGGGUUGGUCCCCUCCAACCCGCCCCACCGUGCGUGCCCCUCUCCUCUGGGACACGGAGCUCACGCGCCGCCCCCUCCCCUCCUUGUCUCUGCAGACACAGAGCGGCUCUACUCAAAGGUGUUUCAGGACAUAUGUGGCCGCUAUGGGAAGAUGUACUCCUGGGAGGUGAAGUCCCUGGUGAUGGGCAAGAAGGCGCCGGACGCAGCCGAGAUUAUCAUCGACGUCCUGCGGCUGCCCAUGUCCAAGGAGGCGCUGCUGGAGGAGAGCCAGGCCAGGCUGAAGGAGCUGUUCCCCACGGCCGCCCUCCUGCCAGGUGUGGAGAAGCUCAUCAGCCACCUGCAGAAGCACUCCAUCCCCUGCGCCGUGGCCACCAGUUCGGGGACGGCGUCCUACGAGGCGAAAACAAGCUGUCACCGAGACUUCUUCCGCCGCUUCCACCACGUGGUGCUGGGGGACGACCCUGAAGUGCACGGCGGCAAGCCCAGCCCCGACAUCUUCCUGGCCUGUGCCCGCAGGUUCUCCCCGCCGCCCCGUGCCGACCAGUGCCUGGUGUUCGAAGACGCCCCCAACGGGGUGGAGGCGGCCCUAGCGGCCGGCAUGCAGGUAGUCAUGGUCCCUGAUGGCAACCUGGACGCCGCCUUGACCCAGAAGGCCACCGUGGUGCUGGGCUCGCUGCAGGACUUCCAGCCGGAGCUCUUCGGCCUGCCGCCCUAUGAGUGAGGGCGGCGCUUGGUGGCCCCUGCAGCCCCGGGGGUCACCCUGUGGCCAGACCUCGCCACCCUCGGACGGGGCCCAUCCUUCCCACGGCGGCGGACUUGUGGUUCAGGCGGCCCCAAGCAGCACCCUCAGGCAGCACACCCCACAGACGGCGCCGGCACAGGGCUCGCAUACCCCUGGGAACUUCAGGUGGCUGUUUCCAAGACACAGUUGCCGUGAGGUACCCUCGCUCUCCCUCCACGCUGCAAUGUCCCCGUGACCCAAACGGUUCCCUGCGCCGGUGGCCGCCAACCACAAGGGGUGCCGGAGAGGAAAGGCCUGGCGGUCUCCUGACGCAUCAGCCUCUGCCAACCCGGGGGUGGGGGUGUCUCAGUGCCCGCGGGCACCCGUUGGGCCGCGUGAGGCAGUGCAAUGUGGCUGCACGUUCUGCCCAGGGAGUGUGGGCUGUGCCCUGUGCGCAGAUGCACCUUGCUGCCCGCCUCCCCUUGGGAGGGGCUCUCCUGCAGCCAUGCCGGGGGUCUCCCCGCACCCUGAGUGACACUUGAGAAUCCCUUCUACCUCAGCUCACUGGUCUGCGCACCUCCCACGAGACCGACCCCCUACCCCGCAGCGCACAUGCGGGUCCUCUCUCCUCGCAGCCCCCCUUGGCACCAGCCCUCAGAUGCUGCACCCUGGGGGCACGGUGAUGGGGGGAGGAGAGGUCCCUGGGAGUUCCUUCAUGGGGCAACCUAACAAGUGCCACCACCCCGGGCAUUGAGCGGCCCUUCUGGGGAAGCCCUGGCGCAGAGAGGAGUGCUGGGGGACCAUGCCCCUGGGGAUGUGGGUGUGCCUCAGGGUCCCUGCCCAUCGCUGCCAGGGCCCCCAGCCCGCUCAUCUCUUCUCACCGGCCCCCGCCCUUCUGUGGUCCAAUAAAGUCGUGGGCAGGUGUUUACGUCUUA